GAUAUUUACGGCACAUCAGCUGAUCGGAGGAAGAUAGAAUUUGCCACCUUGCGUGCACCCUGCCCAGUUCCUGCUCGCAAAGGACUUUGCCACUCGGGGAGGGGCCGGCGCUUUCGGAUCGAAGAGGGCAGAGGCCCGGAGGCAGCGGAGACAAUAUUUUCACAUUUCACACACCGAGAGGUGUGGGGCUUGGUUUAUUUAUUUUCUCAAUAAAGAGACGGAUGCAAAAAGAUGCCAAGCUGGAGGAAAGGGAAACGCAUCGGCUACUGUCUGAACGACAAGAAGAAAAAGAAACUGAAUUUCCAGGGCUUUGAGGAUCUCUGCAGGAAACGAGGCUAUGAAGUCAUAGAGAUUGACUUGGCCAAACCCCUCUGUGAGCAGGGCCCCUUUGACGUCAUCAUCCACAAACUCUCCGACCUGAUCCUCGAGUCCGGCUACGACAGCCAGUCUCACCAGCUCAUCCGCGACUUCCAGACCUAUGUGGAAACCUAUUCCAGCAUCAUCCUCCUUGACCCAUUUCCAGCUGUACGGCUGCUCCUGGACCGCUUCGAAUCCUGUCGCCUCCUCCGGGAACUUCAGGAUCAAGACAGCUGCAUCUUCUCCCCGCCCUACGUGGAGCUGAACAGCGGGACCGGGAGCGAGGCGGCGGUGCGGAUCCGGGAACAGGGCCUCACCUUCCCCUUAAUUUGCAAAACCCGGGUGGCUCACGGACCCAGCUCCCACGAGAUGGCGCUGAUCUUCAACGAGGAGGGGCUGAGGGAGGUGAGCGCCCCCUGUUUGCUACAGAGCUUCGUCAACCACGACGCCGUCCUCUUCAAGGUCUUCGUGGUAGGCUCCUCCCACUUUGUGGUGCGCCGGCCGUCCCUGAAGAACUUCCCGCGGGGGGAAUCAGCCAGGAAAAGCAUCUUCUUCAACAGCCACAGCGUCUCCAAGCCGGAGUCCUGCUCCCGCCUGACCGAGCUGGAUGAGGCUACGCUGGAGCCCCCCCCGCCCUCCGACAGCGUCGUCUGCCGAGCCGUGCGGGGCCUGCGCUCCGCCCUGGGGCUCUCUCUCUUUGGGGUGGAUCUGAUCGUGGAGAAGCAGACAGGGCGGUGCGUGGCCAUAGACGUCAACGCCUUCCCAGGUUAUGAAGGUGUCCCGGAGUUCUUCUCAGCCCUCCUGAACCACAUUGAGACGCUGUUGGAGAGCCAUGAGCAGGCGGCACGGGCCAGGGUGCUUGUGGCGGAGUAUUCCCUGCACCAGCGGGUGCCACACGUGCACAUGGCCCAGGAGAGCACCCACGACACCGACCCAAGAGCCCCUUGGCUGGCCAAUUCCCUCGAGACGCCCAAGUCGGCACCAGCCGAGAGCAGCUUCUUGACCUUCGCCGUCCUGCCAGCCAUGCUCUCCCAGCACUGACGGGGGUGCUGCACUCGGCUGGCCUCUCCGAGGGAGCAGGGAAGCGCUGGGUGUCCAAAGAGAGCAGAAGCGACGUCGUACCUAUCCCAGCAGGGAAAAUUCCCAAACAGCCAGCAGCUGGAGCCCUCCCCUGGGAGAUCAGAGCACUGGGCCUUAUACUGUGGCAUCCUCAUCUCUUGCCGUAUGGACCAGCCCAUCAGUCCAUAUAGUGCAGAACUGCACCUCCCUGCUUGGACCAGACCAGACCACCGGUCCAUACAGUCCAGUAUUGCACCUCCCUUCCUGCAUGGACCAGCUCAGAUCACUGGUCCAUAUAGUCUAGUACUGCACCUUCCUGCAUGGACCAGCUCAGAGCACUGGUCCAUAUAGUCCAGUACUGCACCUCCCUGCUUGGAUCAGCUCAGAUCACUGGUCCAUAUAGUCCAGUACUGCACCUUCCUGCAUGGACCAGCUCAGAGCACUGGUCCAUAUAGCCCAGUACUGCACCUCCCUGCUUGGAUCAGCUCAGAUCACUGGUCCAUAUAGUCCAGUACUGCCCCUCCCUGCUUGGAUCAGCGCAGCGUUCCAUACAGUGCAGUCUCUUACCUCCCUGUCUGGAUCAGACCAGAGCCCUAGGCCCAAUCCAGCUCAGGUCACCGGUCCGUAUAGUGCAGUACUGCACCUCCCUGCUUGGACCCGACCAGACCAGACACUACGGGUCUGUAUAGCCCAGGCUCUUCGCCUCCAGCACUCAGUAAACCAUACCCUCAUAAUGCACCGCAUCGCAGCUAAGGACUGACUCCCCCUGGACUGUUUCAAAUCCACCAGCAAGGGGGCUGCAUGUUCCAAGAACUCAAAGGGGUGGCCGAGCCACUCCUGCCCCCCGGGGGGUGAUGGCAGAAAUGCAGACAACGUGGGAGCCGUGGAGAAUAAAUCCCACUCACGUCCCAGCCAAAGGACUUGUGGUGCUAGGUUGUACUGCAUGCUGGGGCCUAAGGGUGUGUGUGUGUGUGGGGGGGGGGAGAUUGAGUCCCCGCUUAUUAGAUUCUCCUUCCUUGAAAGAAGUCUCAGCACUGAAUUAAGGCAGGGGACUGCCUGCUUCCGUUUUCCAACCCCCCGUGGGUUUCCUGGCCCGUCCCUUUGCCACGGGAUGCUCUCAGCCUCCGCACCCCGCAGAGCGGGAUCUGACAGGGCAAACGCCGCGUGUGGAAAGUUUCAUUGCAGACUAUGAAGGGGGAGGGGGGCCAGAGGGCAGGAGGAAGGCUGUCCAGUGAAAUAGCAAGACUCAGCUCACAGAGCUUUAAAAAAAAUAAUACUAAGAUUUAUUUAAAAAAACAACAACAAUAGAGCUUCCACCAUACCAGCCAGAGGUCCCUCCCAGAUACUUUUCUUCCUACAGCUCUGACUCCCAGCCAGAAGCCAGGGAGUUUUAUAGAGGGAUUCCCUACCCAGAAUCCUUUGCAGGGAAGGUAGCCCCACCCUAGUUUCUCUGGGCGAUUGACAACCCAUCCAGCCAAUCAACUUUCUUUUCCUCAUUCCUGACUCUCCAGGUCUUCCCCUCCAUCGCAAAGGGCCUUGCUCUGAAUUAGCUUGAUCCACUUUGGAAGUGGAUUAAACUAAACCGGAACAAGGUAUUCUUACUCCGGAUGCAGAGUGUGGAUGGAAAUAAUCGGGAAUAGUCAAUCCACUUUAAAUUCACACCAUCUCUGCAUCUGGAAUAACUUUCACGUGUAGCCCAGCAACCGAGUGCCACCGUAUCAGAGAAGAUCGGUCGAGGUCGAUCUGUUGUGUAUCCAGCCAGGAGAGACAUAACAAUCUGGGUGUGAUUCCCAUGACACAGCAGUUCUGUGCCCAGCGGAGAACCUCGCCUUGUCUUGAAACUAGUGGUGGGCAAAAAACUUUCUACCAAAAACGUAUUUCCGGCGAAAAAUGCAGCUUCAGUAACCCCAGAACUUUUUUUUGCCAAGCUGUUUUGGUUGGGAAAAAACCCUAAAAUGAAAUGUAAAAAAGCUGAAAAAAAUUUGAAAUGUGUCAUUUUGACACACAACCUCUCAGUUUUUCAGUCAGAACAAUUUUUUUCCUCUCAGCCUUGUUUUGACCAUAAAAGGAACGGAAAUCCAACACAUUAAAAAAAGUUCCAAAUCGAAACGUUUCCUUCAGCCCGAAAUGACAUUUGUCAGCUUUUGAAUUGGCCCAAAGUUUUGAAAAAAAUUGUUUGGGUUUUUUUUAACCCAAAAUGAUUUUUUUUACCAUUGUUUUGGAAUUGUCAGCAAACUGAAAAAUCGGUGAUUCACUCCCAUCUCUUUGGGACCGGCUGCCUCAGUGGCAGAUCCCAGGGACCCCUUCGAAAUUUGAAGUCCCUUGUCUCCGCCCCCACUGAAAUAUACAUGUGCUUGUAAGUUUCCAGGCUCCUCACUGCCCCAGUAAAUCUUGAUGGCUACAUUUUGAUAGGAUAACGUAUGGGAAUAAAAGCAGAGAUUAUUAUUUUGAGGGGGUAGUAAAUGUCUAUCCAUGUCUGGUGGGUCUCAGUAGUGGAAAGGGGCAGCUAGGAAAAAUAGUCAGGAUGGAGGAGUAUGGAGGAGAGGGCCGUGCAGGUGAGGUGAAAUCAUGCAAAUUUCACCUCUAAUUUAUCUCAUUUGCAUGCAUAUAGUAUGUAAAUUAGACAUAAUUUAGGCUCCACCUCCUUCCCGGUGUGCUGUUGGUUACUUUGCCACGCCAUAGCCUGCUGAAGGAAGUGGUGAAGCCAGAGAUCCCAGUGUACAGCGUGCAUUAGGUCACUUGCUCAAUCAGUUAAUUAAGCAGCUCCGUGGGGCUCUGAUUUUCUUAAUGUCCCCCUGGGAUACUUUUCAUUAUUAUUUAUAUCAUGGUAACGAGGUUCCAACCAAGAUCAGGGCCUUAUUGUGCCAGGCGCUGCCCAGACCCCGGCCGAGAUCAGGGCCCCGUCGCGCCAGGCGCUGCCCAGACCCCGGCCGAGAUCAGGGCCCCGUCGCGCCAGGCGCUGCACAGACCCCGAUGGAGAUCAGGGUCCCGUCGUGCCGGGUGCUGCCCAGACCCCGACCAAGAUCAGGGCCCCAUCAGGCUGGGUGCUACUCAGAAUGUGACCAAGAUCAGGGCCCCUGUUGGCAGAGGCACAGUAAGAAACAAGCCCUUGUCCCAAAGAACUCACAAUCCUUAUAGACAAAGGCAGGAUCAUUAUGCCCAUUUUACAGAUGCAGACACCAAGGCCCCGCGAGCUGCCAGGACUUGUCCAAGGUCACACAAGAAGCCUGUGGCCAAAGCAGAGCUUAGGUAUCUCCAUCACACAGUAUCUGCGUAACUCACCAUCCUCAACGUACUUAUCCUGCCAACUUCCUGCUGAGGUGGGGGAAGGUUUGUAUCUCCACUGUACUGCUGGGGAACCCGAGGCACAGGGCAGCCUGGCAUACGGUCACACAGGGAGUUUGUGGGGAGAGCGGGGUCGUGAACCCACAUCUCCAGCGGCUGUUUUAACCCUCGUUCUGCCACUGUCCCGCCUUGAAACUUUACGUGCCGCUCC